CUGGCGUAUACCAUAAAGAAACUGGAUACAAGAGCAUUCUGUUCCAGCUUUCUUUGAGGUUCUGAUAGGCUAUAUUUCAUCACAAUGUUUGCGAAGGUACAGUGUGAAGGCAGUGGUUUAGUCAAUUGCAACGCAUUUUCUUGAUGGGAGCGUCUGAUUGGUAACAUCUGGUAUCAAACGGCAGAAGAAGGAACGAGACCGCCAGUGGUAAAUAAUGCGACUAAACUCCAGUGGCGUUUAAAAGACGACAGCGGGCAGCAUGUAAGCCACUUGAUCCGUUCAACUACUGUUAAUUGCAUGCGAAACGCGUGGAUGACUAAUGUCCACCAACUGUUAUCCAGAGAUUAGUGAGUCAGUUGAAAAAGAUCCGAAGUUCUGCUAAUGUAUAUGGUGUACCCAACAGACUGGAUGUAAACUAAACCUGAAUUCCUAUCCGUGAAGAAGGCGAACGGUAUGGGUAUUCUUCUGAUAUACCUGCUCCUACGAAUAGGAUUUGCUUUCGGCUCCAAUUAUGGAUAUGUGGAAUGGUCUGAUAAUGACAAAGAUUCGGAGACCAGGACAAGGUAUCCAGUGUACAGCACACCGAACAAUCGUGACCCGCAAUACCACCCAACACUGUUUAACAAGCCGGUCACUGAACGCACGGUGGUCGCUCACAAAAUUGAGGAGGACCUGCCCAGGGUGGUGACCGCUUUCCUUCACACGGGAGACUCUGCAACGCUGGAACAUGUAAACUGCUCACGGCGGUAUGAGCUGAGCAGUCUGCGUGGUGGCUCUCAGGUCGCCUCGCACUACUCUCUCCACAGUGUUUUGGAUACUAUGGCGCAUGCCACCAACUUCCUAAACAUGCUUCUACAAUCAAACCGGUCGAGGGAGCAGUCGAUAAGGCGCGAUAUUCAGUGGUACCAUGCACUGGUCAGGAGCAUGCUGGAGGGAGACCCCAAAAUCCACCGGGCAGUGGUCACUUUUCACGCAGAGUCACCCACACCUGGCCCUCAAAUCUUUCUCCAAGCGACCAGAAAAAAUAAGGACAUAGUGCUUCAGGACCUAUCACCAUCGGCCGCUCAUCGCUUAAGAAACAGAGCGCCGGAUUCAGAGUGGUACCAUGAUUUUAGGGACCGGAAAAAGCCACACGUUUCCCGUGUGGUUUCGAGCAGGGAUGGCAGAACCGCUCAGGAUGGCUAUGUUCUUGACAAAGAUCAGAUCAAGUGGUCGGCUCCAUACCUGGAGUGCGAGAACGGAAACUUUGUUCCUUUCUGGCUCCUUACCUUAUCUGCUGGUUUCUACGGCUUGAGGGCCAACUCCGCGCCAGAGUUCAGAGGAGUUGUGCGGGUGGAUGUGAACCUGCAGGAUGUGGACAUUGAUCAGUGCUCCAGCAGUGGUUGGUUUGCAGGCACCCAUCGCUGUAACCUAACAAGCAUGGAGUGCAAGCCAAUCAUGGGCCAUGGGUUUGUCCUGGACAAGUACAAGUGCCAGUGCAAGAGAGGGUUCUACCAUCCCAGUCGAGUGGCCCUCAAUGGCUUUUCAAGUAAAGAGCGGGGCUCUCAUCGGGAUGAGUCAGAGGUGUCCGGGAAGUGUCUGCCCUGUCAGGAGGGCUGCCCUUUCUGCCGGGACGACAGCCCCUGCCUGGCCCAGGAGGACGGCUCCCUGCGGCUGGCCAUCGCCUCCUUCCAGGGCCUCAGCAUGCUGCUGGACUUCAUCGGCAUGGUGGUGGUCUACCACUUCCGCCGGAACAAGAGAAUAAGAGCCUCUGGUUUGAUUCUGCUGGAGGCCAUUUUAUGUGGAGCCUUGCUUCUGUACUUUCCAACAACCGUGACUUUGAAGUUGUACAGGGUGCUCAAGGUGUUCCUGUCGCGCACAGCCCAGCGGAUCCCCUACAUGACCAGCUGCAGGGUGCUGCGGCUGCUGGGGGUCAUCCUGCUGGUGGUCUGCUGGUUCCUGGUGGCCUGGACCUCCACGGUGACCCAGCACCCCGACUGGCACCGCGCCCUCGUCGACGUGGGCGCCACUCCCGAGGGCCUGCAGUUCAGCAUGUGCCUGCUGGACCGCUGGGACUACAUGAUGGCUGUCGCCGAGUUCCUGUUCCUGCUGUGGGGCGUGUGUCUGUGCUACACCGUGCGCACCGUCCCGUCGGCCUUCCACGAGCCGCGCUACAUGGCCGUGGCCGUCUACAACGAGCUCCUCAUCUCGGCAAUAUUCCACAUCAUUAGGUUCUCCCUGGCCUCCGAUCUCCACCCUGACUGGAUGCUGACGUUGUUCUUUGUCCACACACACCUGACCGUCACCGUGACACUGGGCCUGAUGUUUAUCCCAAAGUUCUUCUCCUCAGAGACACACACUAGAGAUGACAUUGCCACUGAGGCCUAUGAGGAUGAGCUGGACAUGGGGCGCUCUGGCUCCUACUUAAACAGCAGCAUCACCUCGGCGUGGAGUGAGCACAGUUUGGACCCAGAGGACAUACGGGAGGAGUUGAAGAAACUCUACACCCAACUGGAGAUCUACAAAAGUAAGAAGAUGCUGGCCAACAACCCUCACCUGCAGAAGAAGCGCAGCUCCAAGAAGGGCCUUGGCCGCUCCCUAAUGCGCCGCAUUACCGAGAUCCCGGAGACAAUGAGCCGGCAGUGCAGCCGCGAGGACCGGGACGGCAGCGAGCACGGGAGUAACCGAAGCACGCUGCGGAGGAACCACCUGGACGCCCGGUCCAGGGAGGACUCCCUGAAGAACAAGAUGUUCUCCGUGAAGAGGUCGCACAGUUACGACCACGUCUGUGACCAGAAUGGAGACCCCAGUGCGAGCACCACACCUGAGAAGCUGGAGGGAUCGACCACCGAAGGGUCCCUGCUGGACACGCUGAUGGGCAGGAAGGCAAAGAAGGCAUCCGAGCCACCAAAAGUUGAGCCGGCCGAAUCGGCCGAGUCCGUGCCGCUAGUGUGCAAGUCAGUCAGCGCCCACAACCUAACGGCCGACAAGAAGCCCAUUCACCUCAGAACGAGCAUCAUGCAGAAAUCCUUGAGUGUCAUUGCCAGCGCCAGGGAGCGGACCCUGGGUCUCACGGGGAAGACCCACAGCGUGGAGGACGCCAGUAAGAAGAGUCAGAAAGCCCGGGACGGCAGGCUGUCGGAGGUGGACGAGUCCCCCGAGUGCUACCCAAAGAUGAUCAUCAGCCAGUCGGUGGAGUACAGCAAGACGCCCAGCAAGAUGGGCAUCAUGAAACAGCAGGUGAGUGGCAGCCAACCGUCCAUCUGCUCCGAGCACGGCAGGAGCAAGGAGCUGUACGACCUGUCCGAGGUCUGCCCCUGGGAGGUGGAGGAACUUCCCACCCCGUCUGAGGGGAAAGCCCAGAAGCACGUGUCCAUCGCCUCGUGCGAGGCCACUGCUGUCCACGGGGGGGGCUCCAAGAGCAGCCGGUCCCAGCAGAGGCAGAAAGGCACAGGGCAGUCGCCCUCCAAUCGGCGCCGCUCCAGAGAUAAAGGAGGGGAUCGAGAUGAGAUGCCCCGGAAACCUCGAUCGCCUCUCAACCUCGCCCCGAAUCACGAGGCCUGUCCGUGGGACGCGGACGAGCCGAGGGAGAGCGCCGGACUGUCUCCGGACAGGACCGGCCGGAAGAAGAGUGUGACGCCCACCGACGGCAAGCCCAAGGUCCUGCACUCGGACCACUCCAAGUCCACGGGCAGCCUGCUGCAGCCGCCCACCCUGAUGGUGGAGAUCUGCCCGUGGGAUUACGACGCUCCGCCGUCUCCCAAGCAGGACAGAGCGGUGAGCCCCACCUACCACGCCAAGCCCAAGGACUCGCACUCCAAAAGAAAAGGCUCCUGCUCGUCCAAGAGCAAGGAUAAGGACGAUGAGAGACGGCAGUCCAAAGGCAGGGAGAGGAGGAGCUCGUCCAGCAAAGGCUCCGAGAGGCGGCGGGUCAGCCAGUCGUCCGACAGCGGCCAGGCUGCCAUGACGUCGAGCGGUAGACGACGGAGCUCCACGCGGGAAGCAGGGCUAACGGAGAGUAAGAGAGCCGAGGCGUGUCCGUGGGGGGCAGGGACUGUACCUGACGGUAUUACCAGGGAUGGUACCAGUACCAGUCCCAGCCCCUCCACAGCAAGGGACAAACCUUCACAUCCUAAACCAGCAGGGCCACUCAAGAGUGUCAACAUGGAAGACGUCUGUCCAUGGGACUUUUAGGACAACAGCGGCAGGCAAACAAGCGCAUGAUACUUGAUUGUACACUUCGGAGCUGUUUCCUCCUCCCAGCUCUCCCAACCUGAACUUUGGAUGUAAUGAAUCCAGAAGGUGACCUUGAAAAAUGGACAAACUUGCAAGCAUUCCAGAUUGUUUUCAAGUAUUUGUUAAACUAUAAUAGACAACGUUGUUCUUAGUGCAAUUAUGGAACUCCGAGUCACUUUAUCUGCUGUGUACAGAGUGAAUGUUUAAUUCAUCACUUGUACUGUGUUUGGUUGGUCAUCUGGCUUUUGUUCUUAAUGAUUUUCUAACUGACAGCACAAAUGCAUGGGUGUAGGAACACAAUGCUCAGAUCUGCCAUGGGUAAACAGUGGCUGGGAUGUUGGGCUCAUCGCGAUAAUUAGGGAAGACGUUAAGGAAGCGGGUUCUUAAAAGGUAUUAUAGUGACAGUGUGAGUUGUUUACUAUUCAGCCAGUGCCCUUUUGGACUAAGCAUUACAAAUUGCUGCGUCUAGAGGCCUUUUUACCAGGCCAAUUAAAAUUAAACUCUUGGCAUAUCAUACAGCUUCUUCAUUAUACAUUUUGGGAUUUAAAGUGUGAAUAUCACACACAUAUAUUCACACACACAAUUUACACUGGAGGCACCAAUUUAUCACAUGCAGAGUCAAUUUAAAAUUCCAUUUUCCGAUUUUAACUUCCCUCCAACAUCAAACUCAAAAGCUAUAACAAAUCUUUGUCUGCAUUUGUCACAUACUGCAAACAGUCAAAUGUUAUCCAUUCUGAUAGGUCGUUCAUUGGCUACUUAAAUUCACCACUUUCUUCAUUUUGUACCAAAGAUAUAGACUCAUUUUUGUUAAAAAACAAAAAUGGAGGGGUUUUUUUUGGUGUCAAAACAAGAAAGUUUGUUUGCAUGUCUGUGAAGAAACCAGUUUUGUGCAGUAGGUUUGGGUCUCAUCAUAGAUAUACUCAAAGUAUGGCAAAUGGGCAUUGCAUGGAUAAUCAGACACACAGAUGCUGUUCCGUUUAUAUCAAUUAUAUUUAUUUAUUAAUCUCUUGUUUUCUUGCAUUGCUGUCUUCACUCGACUGGUGCCGUGGUAUAAUGUAGAGCUACUCUUAUCAAACAUAACCAGUGAUGUUGACUGAUGGGGAAGUAUUUCAAAGGUACAGUGCUCCAGUGGCUUCUGCAUGACAGCACAUGUUUCUUCACUGACCACUUAGACUCCCGCAAAAGAUUUUCAAAGGAUCAUCCAAUGGAAACUAUACCUGCCUAAUCCACUGUAUUUUGUGCUUGUACUGAUGUCCAGUGACAAGUUGUUGCAUCCACAUGGAUGGGGGUGUUUACAUUGUAGAUUUAUAUUGUGUUCAACUGUGAUAGCAUGCCUAUAAAUACCCCUGUGUUCCAUGGAAUAAACAUUUCUAUGAAAUUUAGAACCCAGAUUUUAGAACACUUUUCAUUUCACUUAGUCUGUUAAUUGUAUCCUUAAUAGUCUUCCUUAAUGUUUUCUUUACAGUGUUCUGCAUUGUAUGUACAUGAUUAGGUGAUCCAUGGGGCUGUUAAUUUAAGUUUAAUAAAAGGCAAUACCCUCCUGUUGAGGCUUAUCAUCAGGGUACCAUACUAAACAUUCCUAUAGCAGCACACCAAAUGAGCUUACAAUGAGACAUUAGAUAAAUCAGCUUGUAUGAUAUUAGUAGCACUGUCAGAAUCCAAAUAUUGAUUAGCUUAUUUGUUGAAAUAUUUUUUCUUUUUAUUUCAAGACAUUGUUCCUACAGGCUUUUAGUAGUUGAUCUCAGAAUUUAACCCAUCUCUUCCUAAAUUUGAUCCACAAUAAGAAUCUAUCGCUAAGUAACACACUGCCCACCUGGAGUUUCUUUUUUUAAAGGUAACAGUAGGAUCUCUAUCACACUCAGCGGUACACUCCAUAUGGCAUACCAUGCAAAUCCCUCAACAACAUCAUUCUGACCUCUUCAGAAAGCUUAAUAAACCAGAUGCUCACCACAUAUUUAGCCGUAAUCAUCAAUCUUUAGGGCCGGUUCACCUACUGAUAUGCCAAGUAAACAACAGUGGGAUAUGAGAUGUGCCAUGCACAUUGCAAAUGCAUUAAUGAUUCUGUUAUGCCCAGCCCACACAACCUCCCUAUAUCUCAAGUACAUCUAGACAACAUUGCCUCCCUGAGGACAUUGUUAUCAUGACAUGCGUAUCCAUAGUGUACUGUAUGUACAAGAUCCAGCAAAAUGUAUUAUUAUAAAUGUUUAAACUUUCAAA